AUGGCCAUGAGCAGUAACAUGAGUGAACCACAAGCCCCCUUACAUUCAACUGAAGGGAGGCCCUUGGAUAUGGACUCAGAAGCCUCAGUUCUGCAUGAGAGGCCAAACCCCACUGGGGAGCAGUUUUUAAGUGAAAACUGCCUAAGAGAUGAGGAAUACCUUGAUGUAUUCAAAGACCUUGAAUCUCUUGAACUGCCCCAGAGGCCUAAACACUUGCCUCCCUUGUUCCUAUACAAGGGCAAUGAUAUGCAUCCUUUGAGACAACAUAGGAUGAAUGGACACAUAGGCAAUACCUAUGUGUAUGUAAUGGAUACAAGCCAAUCUGGGCUGGAAAAUGCCAUGACUUGUGGAGAGAAAGACAAGGUCCCUCAUAUGCCCAAGGCAGAAAUUGAGAAGCUAGGAUUGGUGGAAAUGAAGCCAGGAGACUGGAUCAUGGCUAGAUCCCUAUGUAAUGGAGGAGAUCCAUUGAAGGAUGUAGUUCAAGGCUUUGUUCCUGGAAGUGAUCUCAUGAACAGUGAUAAAUGGGCUGCAUGGCUUGACUGCUGUAAGACAAUGCUAGGGCCUAAGGAAAACAGGUCACCUGAGGCUGGGAGCACUCCUUUUGAGCAGUACAGUGAUGGCACCAGAAUUAAACCAGUUAAAGAUGGAACUAGGUGUUACCAGACUGGUUUCACCUAUGAGAAGCCCACACUGAAUUGUGCUCCCAAUGCCAAUUCUAAAUUAGGCUCAAAUGGCAAAGUUGAUGAAUUAACUCAUAUGAGAUCAGUGUUGAACAAUCUUGGAAUUGACAUAGCCCUUGAUGGGUUUGCUGAGUGCCCACCAUACAUGAGGGAUACAUAUCAUGAGUUGGCAGAGGCAGUCAACAUGCCUAGAUUAGCCCACCCAGGCAAUUGUGUGUGGCCAAGCUCCCAGGUCAACAUGGCUGUACCACAGCGUUUUGAGUCUAAAAAUGGCCUCACUGAGAUGGGAUUUUUUGGUGGAGACCAUACAGAUGAUAUGGAUCUUGCUGCAGGUCUCUCAGCCAUGGUGGUAGGCAGUCAUCUGCCUGAGAAUUAUGAGGCUGGCAGAUUCCACCUCUUGUCCCUAGGAGUCUAUGUGGAUUUAGCAAACAUCCAUGUAGUUUUCUUUAGUGGGCGCUUGCGCCACUCUGGGACACCACCACUAGCACCAUCUGGUGUUGAGGACAUUGAGACAUGGGCGUACCGCUUUGUCUUGAUUCUGUACCCUGCAUCAAGAAUUAUGCUGGGUACCAACAAGACUGUACUGGCUGCUUCCAGUACAAAAGAGCCAGUCACUGUACCCCCUGAGAUGUUUCAUCCUGAGGAUGCAAGCAUUAUCAUGCCACCUGAGGAACACUUUACAUGCUCUAAGCGCAUGCUAGUGACAUCACUCUAUCAGAGCCUAAGGCAACUGCCCUAUACUGUGAAUGUUGAUGUCCAGCAAAUCAUGGACAGUAUCACUGCUGAGAUACCAGAUAUCAACAAUGGCCAACCCUUCAAAGGAAGGGACUGGAAGUACUCUCCAGGCCAUAGAAUCACUUGGCAGCCAGAGGCUUCCAAUGCUGAGAGAGCUCAAGAGCUGUUCCCAGGGUGUAGACUUGGAUCUUCCAAGUGCACUGAGAUUUCUGGGGCAUGCCCAGCCUUUAGACAAGCCACAGAAGCUACCAAGGACUGGAGCCUCAACCAGUCCCAAAAUGGUUGGCAGGUGCCAGAAGGCUUGCUAUCUUCUUCUGAAGAUGAAGAUGAUGUGGAUAUGGAGAAUGUUGAGAAUGUUCCUCAAGACCAUGCUAUGCUUGCUGAGCAUGAGAAUGAGCCUGAGAUUGAGAUUGAGAUUGAGCCUGAGAUUGAUCUUGAGAAUAGGCCUAAGCCUAGUGUUGAGCAUGAGCAUGAGAAUGAUAGUGAGGAUAACUAUGAACAUGAGCUGGAAGCAAGGGGCAUAAUGAGAGAUGAAGUUGAUCUAGCCAUUGAGGCUCUCCUUGAUGAACCUGAGGCAAAUUCUGCACAGACUAGAGCCAUGGAGUCCCAGCCCCAAAUGAAAGCAUUGCUGAAGAUCUUCAACAAGUCACAGUUGUCUCAGUCCCUGGGUGAUGCCCAGUCUGCCCUUGAACUGCUGAAAUUCAAACCUCAGCAGUUAAGUGAAAUCAUUCAGUCAUUGGAUGAUUUUGAGAGUCAAGCUGAAAAACUGCCAAAGUACUCAGCUGACAUUGUCAAGGCUAUUGGGAGAUACUGGCAUGAUCUGUCAGUCUUGGGCAGUGCAAGUGAGCUCCAGUCUGUCUGGCUCAACAUCAGCCAUCAGAGGAUCAUGGUGUCCAAGACAUGGGUUAUUCAGUUCCUGUAUCAGGAUUGUAAGAGUGUGAUACAGACUAUCUCAUCUCAACAUAGACCCCAUGUCUUUGUGAUGCACAAUGACUCUGAACAAUCAGAACCCUGCAAUUGUAGGCAGCUCUGGGAAGAUCAACAAAGAGAUGUCUUAUGGCUGGUAGACCUUACCUUAGCCUUCAUUGACAAGUUCAGAGACUAUGCACAAGAUGCAACAUGGUCUGUGUCAUCUGCUCCAUAUAUUCCAGCUCUAGAUCCACCAAAGAGAGUCAACCAUAAGCUGGAGUACUACAGGAACAGAUUACCAGCAGAUGAUGCUAGAUUUGAUGGAGAUGUGACCUGGAAUAUCUUGCAAAUAAUCUCUGCAUGGCUUGGUAUCACUGAGGUCAACAUGAAGGACCUGAUCAGACAAGCAGGUCUUGUCACUAGCCUCAGGGAGGUACUGGACAUUGGUGCACUUUUACUGCCAGCUGUUUGGGAGAUAUAUAAAGCAGUUCCUCACUGGAUCACUGAGAGAUACCAGAUCACACAGCCUCAUCUCAUGACAAGAGAUAUUUUCCAUGAGUUUAAGACAGCUUUGAAAACUACUCCUGCAGCCAACCUAGACACUGCAGAGAGGAAGUUACUCAAGUCCAUUCAAGAUGCUCAUGAGAAGUUCAUUAGGAUGUCUAAGAGCACCAGUUCUCAAGUUGAUAAGGUUGCUCAAAUUCCUGAGCCUGUGCCACCCCAAGUAGAUGCUGUUUCUCCUGAGAAAGCUGUCAAUUUUGUCAUAGCCAUUCUCCAGGAUGCAUUGAGAUCACAAGAGUCCACAGACAGUCAGAGUGAAGAUAAACCAUUCCAAUUGAUACAUAAUGACUCUGACAACUUCUUGGCCUUGAGGGAGCAGGGUGCAUCCAGGAAGAGGUUGAUGGACUCUCCUAAGAACCCAUUUGAUGAUGAAAACAUUGUCACAAAUGCUGGUCUAUUCAGUGCUUUCUAUUUCAGAUUGCGUGCAUUCAGAAGUCCUGCUCUUCUGCAUACUCCAAAGGAACAUGUGCAAACCAUGUUCAAAGGCCCACAGGAGUUGAGGAACUAUGAGCAAGGACUUAAGGAUCUCCUGAACAAGAGCCCUAAUUUGUUUGGCAAUCUAAGUGAGGCUGAGAAGAGAAACUUUCUCAUGCACCAUGCCACCUAUGGACAAGUGAAUAAGCUGGAUGAUGGCUGGGAAUAUGAGCUGUGGGAAGCUGUUAAGCUCACAGAUUGGGAAACUCUGAUGUCCAAGAAGCCAGUGGAUUUCCAAGAGAUCUACAAGAAAUGGCUUAAGAAGUCCUGGAGAUCCAGUAGUGAAAAUGAGCCCAGUCAACAUCUACAGAAGAUGGGCAAAUUGACACUAUAUCUCCUCUGUGCAGACCUCUCUUAUACUUGUGCUGUGAAAAAGCCUAGCACUGCAGAAGUGGGAGACAUGAUUGCAAGGAUAGACUCAGGAGCUGUAGCUGGACUGAAGACUCUGGGGCUUGUACCUACACAGGGACUCACUGCUCAGAUGCUGAGAGACAAAGUCACAGAGCAGUUUAGUUGGCUCUUUGAGGAGAUAACUGCCAGAGUUUCCAAAGAGGAACUUGACAAGAUGCAAUUUGAUGAGAUUGUCUUGGAACACACUCUCUGCAAAGUUGUGAGGUUCUUGAAACAAGGGGCAUAUGGUGAAUGGGGUAUCAGCAUGAUUGAGAAGAAGAAGAAGAAGAAGAAGACCAAGAAGACCAAGAAGAGAGGGCUUGAAGAGGCUGAGGAGGGAUCUGAUGGGGAGGAGAGACCUAGCACUAAAAAGAGUAAGACUGCAAGUGACAAGAGCAAGGGUCUGUACACAAAAUCAUUAUCAACAGACCAUGAAGUCGGAGGGGUGAACCAAAUUACUGCAGACUACCUGAAACAAGAGGUUCAGGUGACUGAGUAUAUGGUUGUGCCCACUGCCCCUUUCUUUGGUGCAACAGAGGCAUAUAUACAAACUCAGUGA